AUGCAGUUCCUUCACUUCAACGGCAUACUGCUUCUGGUGUUACUUCUGCCAGUUCACAUUCUGGGUCAUGAACGCACUGUGGAGUCCAUACUUGAUUGCGCCCUCAAUGACGCACCGAGAAACAUAGCUAAAUAUGGCUCAGGAUUCCAUGUGCAAUCUGUUGAACACAUUGGCCGCUCUUGCCCCUUUACACUUCUCAAGGCCACGAUCAGCAGAAACGUCACUUAUACUCUUCGAACUUGCAUCUCUGCAUCUCAUUUGGUUAUAUUACCACCCACUACUGAGGUGACAGAGUUAACAAUUGGGAGUUUAGAGCUGGAGAUUACUGUGCAGGUGACAAAAUGUGUGCACCCGGGUGUCAAAGUAACAUUGGAAGCACCGGUAUUCAAAGACGCCUAUCUCUACACGAAGCCGUCACAAAAGAUACCAGCUGACGAAUUGAAACAACUAAUACUCUCAAAAGCCGGCCAAGAAAUGGAGCGUUGGAUUCAGGAGAUAAUAUAUGCCUUCAUGUGCGAAUAA